AGCAACGGGGCGAUCGAGAACGCAGUGGAGAGAGUGGAGCCGUUGCUACGUACGUUGCACAGCGAGCUUGAGGCGAAGUUGGAGGUGAAGAUUGGCCCCAAGAGUUUGAUCAUGCCAUGGUUGGCCAGACAUGUAGGAUACUUACCCACGAGGUUCGCUAUCAAGACGGACGGGGGAACAGCUUGGGAACGACUUGGCCGCGCAAAGUACAAGUCAGAGCUUGGGAAGGUCGGCGAGACGAUCGAUUACAAGAUCCAAGCGAAGGACUACUCCAAGCUAGAGCCGAGAUGGGGAGAAGGUAUCUUCUUGGGACGACGCGACGAGAGUGACGAGAUCAUCGCGGGCACCGCGCGAGGCAUCGAGCACGCCAGGGCGAUGAAGCUGAGAGCCGCAGAGGACAAGUGCAACAAGGAGGUCUACAACACGUUCAUAGGAGUUCCAUGGGAUCCGAGAGGCCUGGAGGUGAAGGACCAGAACGAGGUGAUUCGGCGACGGAAAUACAUCACGAUUGAGGAGCAUGGGCCUACCGACGGGCGUGCAGUUUGCGAGGUAAACUCUGCGAUUCACAACGCGAGGUGCAGUACCAGGUUUGCCAAGAUCUUCGAUGAAGCCGAGCCGAAGAUCGAGAUGGCGGUUCAGUUCGAGCAGGACGCGGAGAUGACAGGCAACGCGAUCAUUGCAGGAGGCGGCGUUGCUCCCACUACGCCGAGGCGAGACGAGGACAUGGAGAUCGGGAUCAGCAUGUCAGUUACAAAGGAGGAGGACCGUCACGUCUGCGAGGAGACGGAACCGAGGGUAAACUACGAGAAGUUGGUGGGAGACGGAGUCUACCGAGAUGCGUACACAGGUGAGGGGUUGCCGAAGGAUCUAAUCAUCAAUGGACGGACCAAGGAGAUGAAGAGCAUGGAGGAGUUUGAGGUCUUCGGGCGGGUACCGUUCGAGGACUGGAUGAACCCAUUUAACACCAAGUGGAUCGCCUGCAAGAAGUACGACUUGCAGCACAACGGGUGGAUCGUGAGGACUAGUGAGCAGAGGGGGAAGAAACUUGGGAUGUACGUCAUGUCCGUGGCGUUUUCCAUGCGAGAAGUUCGAGACAACUUCAGCCACAACGGGUAUGAGGAGUUGAAGACGGUAUGCUGCCUGUACUACCAUCCUGGCAAGGACUCACUGUGUGCAGGACAUGGGGAUGACUUUGUGGUGGAGGCCUACGACGAGGAGCUGGGUGAGUUUGAUGAGCUCAUGGCUAACAGGUUCAAGGUCAAGCCGCAACCAAGAGGGGGCCCAGGAGGAGCAGGUGAAGGCACGCUUCUCAACAGGACAGCGCUCUGGGGCGAGGAGGGCUUCGGCAUAUUGCCUGAUCCGAAGCUGAUCCUGAAGAUGGUCGAGUUGCACGAGCUCAAGCAGGCCAAGCCCUCAGAGACACCGAGUUCAAAACACACGGCGAAAGGAGUUCGUGAAGCGGAAGAUCCAGUGGGACGACUGGGAUCCACAGUUUACCGAAGUUGUGGAGGUAUCGCGCAGUACAUGGCUGGAAAUCGAUGGGACGUUCAGGAAGCAGUUCGAGAGCAGAGUUGUUCGUACAACGAGCUGCGUGUGAAGCACGUCCUCAAGCAGAAGCGCCUGGUCAGGUACUUGAAGGGGACGGCCGACAUUGUGAUAUUCUACCCGUACCAGGAGGAGAGGUUCAAAGUGAAGGCGCCGGUUGAUGCAGACUGGGCAGGUCUUGAGGCGACGUGCAAGAGUAUCUCAUCAGGAGGAGUGCGACUAGGAGCUCACUUGUUAGAGAGUUGGGUGUUGUCUCAAGCGACGGUGGCACUUUCAAGUGGUGAAUCGGAGUUCUAUGCGAUGGGUUCGGGCACUGCAAGGGGGUUGACCAUGAAGCACGCGUUGCAGGAGAUGUCCGACAUGCGAGGAGAGAAGAUCAAGAUCACCCUGGAGUUGGAGACGGACCCAGCAGCAGCGAGGGGCAUGAUACACCGGCAUGGAGUGGGCCGAGUGCGACAUCUACAGACGAGGUGGAUAUGGCAUCAAAAUUUGGCACGCGACGGUGAGAUGGAAGUGGCGAAGGUCAAUGCCAAAGACCAGGUGGCCGAUAUAGGGGUAAAGUCUAUGGACAAGGAGACGCUGAGGAAGCACAUGAAGACGUUAGGGUUGACCUCCAUCAAGUUGACAAGCUUCAAGAGCCCAGAGGUACUCACGAAAGUCUUGGCGGCCAUGACGAUCAUGAAUGGAGCAGAGGCCGCGGAGUACUACUACGAGGAUGAAGUCAACAUCAAGGUGAGCAUGGCGAGUGAUGUUAGUUGGUGGAAUGUCUUUUCGCAUCUGGUGGUAACGAUCAUGGCAGUGGCGUCCAGUUAUUAUGCGUUUGUGGUGAAGGAGAAUCAGAUCGGGGUGGAGGGGCAAACCUUCAGCACCCGAGGACCCGAGGCUGAGCAGCUGCGGGCACAGUGGGACAGAUAA